GGGUUCCACGCUAUGGCGAGCGCUGCCCGGCCCCUGGCGCUCCGCGCCGCCUCCAGCCUGCGCUCCCCCCGCUGCCUGCGCUCCACGGCCGCCGCCGCCCGCCAGGAGCAGCCGGGGGAAGCGGCCCGGCCGCCGCCGCCUCCCCCUCCGGAGCGGGGCUCGGCGCGCGGCGGGACCGGCCCGCGGGGGACGCGCCGGGUGCAGCCGCCGCCGCCCGCGGUGCAGUUCGGGGACCCGCGGGAGGCGUUUCGCAGCAAGAGCAGCGCGGAGCUGGUGCGGGCGCUGGUGGUGCUGCGGCUCUGCGCGCUGGAGCCGUUGGUGGCGCGGAGCCGGCAGCUGAUGAACUUCAGCAGGAAGCUGCUGGGGCAGCAUCUGUUUGAGAAGCUGAUGAAGAUGACCUUCUAUGGGCAGUUUGUGGCUGGCGAGGACCAAGAGGCCAUCAAACCCCUGAUCCAACGAAACCGUGCGUUUGGGGUGGGCUCGGUGCUGGACUACAGCGUGGAGGAGGAUCUGACACCGGAGGAGGCGGAGCGUAAGGAAAUGGACUCCUGUACCUCUGCAUCUGAGAAGGAGACGGGGGGUGCCACCCAGAGAGAGAAGCAGUACCUUGUGCAUCGGGGGUUCGGGGACCGCCGGGACAGGGUCAUCAGUGCCCGCACCUACUUCUACGCAGACGAAACCAAGUGUGACCAGCACAUGGAGACGUUCCUGCGCUGUAUCGAGGCCUCAGGUGGCAGCUCCGAGGACAGCUUUUCGGCCAUUAAGCUGACGGCUUUAGGGAGGCCUCAGUUCCUGCUGCAGUUCUCGGAGGUGCUGAUGAAGUGGAGGAAGUUCUUUCACCAGAUGGCUGCAGAGCAGGGCAAGGCCGGGCUGGCUGUGAUGGAGACCAGGCUGGAGGUGAAAAAGCUGCAGGAGACCCUGGCGAACCUUGGGAUUGCGACCAAAGCGGAGAGCCAGCACUGGUUCACCGGCGAGGACCUGGGCGUGUCUGGCACUGUGGACUUGCUGGACUGGAACAGCCUGAUUGACAGCCGAACGAAGCUCUCCAAACUGCUGCUCAUACCAAACACGAAGACUGGCCAGUUGGAGCCUCUGCUCUCGCACUUCACCGAAGAGGAGGACCUGCAGAUGAAGCGAAUGCUGCAGAGGAUGGACGUCCUGGCCACGAGAGCCCUGGAGCUGGGAGUGAGGCUGAUGGUGGACGCUGAGCAGACCUACUUCCAGCCAGCCAUCAGCCGGCUCACCCUGGAGAUGCAGCGCAAGUUCAACAUGGAGAAGGCUGUCGUAUUUAACACCUUCCAGUGCUACCUGAAGGAGGCGUAUGACAACGUGACGAUAGAUGUGGAGCUCUCUCGCCGUGAGGGCUGGCACUUCGGGGCCAAGCUGGUCAGAGGCGCGUACAUGGAGCAGGAGCAUGCCCGAGCUGCCCAAAUCGGCUACGAGGAUCCCCUCAACCCUACAUAUGAAGAGACCAACGAGAUGUACCAGAGGUGCCUGGACUACGUUCUCGAGGAGAUCAAGUACAGCCAGAAAGUCAAAGUGAUGGUGGCAUCGCACAACGAGGACACGGUGAAGUUCACCAUUCGCAGAAUGGCAGAGCUUGGCAUUCAUCCCUCUGAGAAGAAGGUGUAUUUCGGGCAGCUGCUGGGCAUGUGUGACCAGAUCACCUUCCCUCUGGGGCAAGCAGGUUAUCCCGUCUACAAAUACGUUCCCUACGGCCCUGUGAACGAAGUGCUGCCGUACCUGUCCAGAAGGGCCCUGGAAAACAGGGGCUUCAUGAAGAGAGCCAAACGCGAGCGGGAGCUCCUCUGGAGUGAGUUCAAGAGAAGACUGAUCACUGGCAGCCUCUUCUGUAAUCCAAGCCACUAACCUGCCCUGCCUUGGGCUGGGAUAUAGACAUAGAACCGCUGCCAUGCUGCAGCAAAUGUCCCAGACAGGCAGACCUAGCGGCUUUCUAAUAGAACUGCUGCUGUUUUUCUCCAACUACCCCUUUCCACCAAUCUCCAUCCUCCCCGCAGAGGCCUUCUCCCGUGGCAAAGACAUUCUCUAGUGCAUUACUAUCUGACCUGCACCAGUGACCCUCCAGUAUGGGGCAGGCCCAUGUGGGAUGGUUCAGGAGCAGCCGUUUCCUUAAGGACGUGCUUACACCCAUGCAGUUAAAUGUUGCCCUAGGACACCGUUGCCUCUCCGGGAUUUAAUACAACUGCAGAAGGGCCCCCAGUUAAAGGCAGGGCUUUGCGGGAGAGCAGCGAUGGGUGGGACUCUCAAUGUCACUGCAGGCCAAAGCCACCCACUUGUGACUCCAUCCAUCUUCCUGGAGCUGGCAAGAUCCUGUUGCUGGCUUCUAGGAGGAUGGAUGGCAUGCCCCGGGGUCAAAGGUUGUCAUCAGAAAGCAGUUGUAGUUGGGUGCUCCCCAGGGUGAGGUGAGGACGGUGGGUGCUGGCUGUUCACAAUGUAGGGGGAGGUUCCAUCCAGGCAGCUCUGUGGCCUGCACGGUGCUAGGGGUUACAUACCUCUUGAAUUGUGGCCUCACCACGGGGAGUGUCCCUGGUUUACAGAUAGGGAAACUGAUUAAGUGACUGGCCUGAGGUCACACAGGAACGAGUCGAGUAGAGCCAGGACUGGUUCUCAGGCUAGUGCCUUCAUCACCCGCCCCCCUUCCCUCCCCAGGCUGGGCCAGCCUAGCUGUCUAAGGUGGGGUGGGGAUUCAGCUGAGGGUGGACUUUGCUCUGUGAGGGGGUAUGAUGGGGGUUGUAGAUCACUAAUGUGCAGAUUGUUUGACGAGCUUGAGCUGGAUUUCCCUCUGCUGGCUGGGCCAGCUGCCUUCAAGGGGUGGAACUCCAGUCCAUGACACUUGCAAAGCCUCCCCCCUGCCCUCACCAGCCAAAGCCUGUAGGCCUGGUCACUCGAGCCCAGGGGCUGCCUAGCUGCUGGAAUGUGUAUGUAGGGUGGGGGUGAUGCCUCUCCCACCGGCUGCUCAACCUGGCUGUGAACAGAGUCUGGGGGGCAGUGCGGCUGGUCUCUGGGCACAGACUGCACCCAGCCGGCGCUUCCCUUGUCCUGCAGCUGACGGAGGAAGGGCGGGUGCUGACUGCAGCACAAGGGGAAGCACCGUGCUUGGGAAUGCGGUAAUUUGGUGGGGUGGGGCGGUAUGUGCUGCUGUUAGAACUGGGGGUUUGAUAGGUGGCCCAGCUGUCUGUGCUGCUGGGUUGUCUUGGAGCUCCGGGUUUGAAAAAAGAACUGAGAUUGUAUUAAACCGACCCCCGUUCCCAGA